GAGCGGUGGAAGCCGACAGUCUGUUAGCUUCGCGCUUUGAAGUCAGCGCGGGUGCAGAUAUGCUGUGCCGGCUAGGCGGCAGGUGGCUGCGGCCGCUGCCUGCCCUGCAGCUCGGGGCCUGGGGCCCGCCGCUUGCGCUGGCCCCAACAAGCGGCCCCAAGCGCUCCGCUCUGCCUCUGUGGGCGGUGGCGUCAGUCUCUGCAGUGGGCCCGGGCGGCCCGAGCGGCUGGUAUGAGGCCCUGGCCACGUCGGCGCCCGUGCAGGGCGCAGAGGAGGUGCUGCUCGCCGCGCACACCGCCACGGGCCUGCCCUGGUGGGGCAGCAUCCUCCUCACCACCGUGGCCUUGCGCGGCGCCGUCACGCUGCCACUGGCAGCCUACCAGCAUUACAUCCUAGCCAAGGUGGAAAAUUUGCAGCCAGAAAUAAAAAACAUUGCGAGGUGUCUUACCCGAGAAGUUGCAGUUCGUGCAAAUCAGUUGGGGUGGUCCAAAAGAGUUGCCAGGCUCACUUACCUAAAGAAUAUGCGGAGGCUUGUUUCAGAGCUGUAUGUUCGGGAUAACUGCCAUCCUCUUAAGGCCACUCUGUUGGUCUGGAUUCAGCUUCCCAUGUGGAUCUUCAUGUCUGUUGCUCUCCGGAAUUUUAGCACAGGGGCAACACAUUCAGAAGGUUUUCCUAUUCAGGAGCAGCUAGCUUCUGGUGGGGUCCUGUGGUUUCCUGACCUCACUGCACUGGAUUCCACUUGGAUUCUGCCUGUCUCCGUUGGUGUCAUCAAUUUAUUAAUAGUGGAGAUUUUUGCCCUGCAAAAAAUUGGAAUGUCUCGUUUUCAGACAUAUAUUACGCACUUUGUCCGUGCAGUAUCUGUGUUGAUGAUUCCAAUUGCUGCAACAGUACCUUCAUCGAUUGUUCUCUACUGGUUAUGCUCCAGCUUCAUGGGCCUCUCACAGAACUUGCUGCUGCGUUCUCCUAGGUUUCGCCAACUUUGCCGAAUACCGAUGACCAAGUCAGAUUCGGACACUCCUUAUAAGGACCUCUUUGCCGCCUUUUAUGCCAAGUUCAUUUCAAGAAAAUGACAUGCUUGACAUGCUUUCCAGUAAUUUUGAAACAGUUACAAGUGUACUACUACCACCUUAAUAUACUUAGAAGAUUUAGAAAUUCAAAUAUGAUUUAAUUUGCCUUUAUUUAAAAUCAUGAAUUUUGUGAAGUACUGUGGGUUAACAUAUAAUUCAGAC